UUGUUGAACUUGUUGAGACAGUGGGCCCAUGUAAUCACAACUACAAAACAGUUUUUAGUUUCAAUUGGAAGUGUAAAACAUCUCCAAACGGAGACAUUUUUUUCCGUUUUGUCGAACCAAAAUAAUCAUGUAGUCAAUAUCGGUAGACCAAAAACUGAAACAAUAGAAUCUUACCAAACUCAAUCGCUAAGUGAAUAAAAGUCUCGAUUGAGAAGCAAUAAAAUGAACUGCACACGCAUUCAUCUAUUAUUGUUUUUGUUUUUAUAUUUUAAUUGAAAUGGUCUUAUGAUUUUACCAAUUUCGAAAAUAGUCUGUGGCAACUGUGAUUAAAUGUUCAGGCAAUCGUCUAUAACAAUAAAAAAGUUUCGGUGCGAUUUGUUAAACGAUAACGGAUAAGAAUCAUUUGUAUCAAAACUGUGUGACUCAAGUACUUGGAAUGCAAGUGUUUAAUGGUUACGAAGCGAUUUUUUUUUAUUAAAACAAUCGAAAAAGUGACCGUCAUUAAUACCGUACUGUUCCUUUUUUCUCGUACUAUUGUUUAUAAAGUGUAACGACAUUCCAAACGAUUCCGUGCUAAAUGGUUUUUCAAUUCGAUAAAAAUAACUAAUAAGUAUUACAAGAAAAAAUCGAGUGUAAUUGUUUGUACCCGCGAAAAGUGUGAAUAAAAACAAUUCAUAAUCAUGAGACCUCAUAUGGAUAAUAUGAAUAACUCGUUUGGUUACACAUCAGCGGGCCGACCAACAUGGGAUCAACAUUCGGCAAGACCUCAACCACCACCAAGGCGACGGUCCAACUCUUUACAACAUGUACCAACUGUGGCAACAACGAAUGUGCGACCGACCAGGCGAUCACUGUUUAAUACAACUCUGAGUGAGGAGGGGACAAGCCAACUCCGAAUCAAGAUUAUGUCUGGACAAUCAUUAGCAAAAAAAGAUAUAUUCGGUGCAAGUGAUCCUUACGUAAGAAUAGACUUGAACACCAUUAAUGGCGACAUAAACAUCGACUCUGUUUUGACAAAAACCAAAAAGAAGACGCUGAAUCCCGUGUGGAAUGAGGAGUUCAUAUUUAAAGUGAAAGCCAAUGAACAUAAGCUGGUGUUACAGGUAUUUGAUGAGAAUCGAUUGACUCGUGAUGAUUUUCUAGGAAUGGUUGAAAUACCAUUGGCGAAUUUGCCUACAGAACAGGAAAAUCGUGCAAUUGCACCGAAAAGCUAUCCGCUUAGGCCAAGAAGGUCAGUUGGUGCUAGAUCUAGAGUAAGAGGAACACUUGAAGUUUACCAUGCAUUCAUUCGCGAUUUGGAUACACCUGAUACCAUAUCAUCGAAUGAACCGGAAUGGGAAUUAGUCAAUGAGGCCGAAACGGAUGCUGAGACAGCAGCUCAAAAUCAAACUGCCUAUCCAACGUCAUCUGUUGCACCACCAUUGCCGGAUGGAUGGGAGAUGCGUCAAGAUGCCAACGGAAGGACCUAUUAUGUGAAUCACGUUGCACGAACAACACAAUGGGAAUGUCCUUCAGGCGACACAAAUCCAGUUUCAAGUAGUGAUAUUGAUGCUGCUGCUAUGCAGUUUGAACGACGUUUCCACAUUAGCGUUGAUGCAUCAGAAGAUCGUGAACACCAGCAUGAAGAUAUAGACACAGCUGAUAGUGGUACAUCGAAUGCAGCCGUUCGUCCCAAUUCAACAACCGGCCAGUCAAGACAGAGCUCAAGUGAUGAAACAUCGACAAGCGAAAGUUCGCAUCCGGCAAACAAUUUAGAGGCAGGGCUUCCCAGCGGUUGGACAAUGCAAAUUGCACCAAACGGUCGCAUGUUCUUCAUUGAUCACAAUGAAAAGAAAACUUCAUGGAUUGAUCCACGGACAGGUCGUGCAAGUCCCAUGCCAAGCCAAACACGACCACCCGAUGAUGACUUGGGCCCACUGCCUGAAGGCUGGGAAGAACGUGUACAUGUGGAUGGUCGAAUCUUCUUCAUUGAUCACAAUACACGAACUACACAAUGGGAAGAUCCAAGACUAUCUAAUCCAAAUAUAGCUGGCCAAGCAGUACCUUAUUCUAGAGAUUACAAACAAAAAUACGAAUAUUUUAAGAGUCAGCUGAGGAAACCAACAAAUGUGCCUAAUAAAUUUGAAGUGAAAGUACGACGAGCAUCAAUUUUCGAAGACUCUUAUCGAAUCAUAAAUACCGUGAAUAAAACCGAUAUAUUGAAAACAAAACUAUGGAUCGAAUUCGAGGGUGAAGCUGGUCUCGAUUACGGUGGAUUGGCCCGUGAAUGGUUUUUCCUUUUGUCAAAGGAAAUGUUCAAUCCAUACUACGGGUUAUUUGAAUAUUCAGCUAUGGACAAUUAUACGCUUCAGAUCAAUCCAUUUAGUGGACUGUGCAACGAAGAGCAUUUAAAUUAUUUCAAGUUCAUUGGAAAAAUUGCUGGAAUGGCUGUUUAUCAUGGAAAAUUAUUGGAUGCGUUUUUCAUUAGACCUUUUUAUAAAAUGAUGUUACAAAAACCGAUAGACUUAAGAGAUAUGGAAUCCGUUGAUAUGGAAUACUACAAUUCAUUGUUGUGGAUCAAAGAAAACAAUCCGGACGAACUAAUGUUAACAUUUUGUGUCGAUGAGGAAACAUUUGGUCAUACCACACAACGCGAGCUCAAGCCCAACGGUGCUGAAAUUGAAGUCACAAACGACAAUAAAGAUGAAUAUAUAAGAUUGGUGAUUGAAUGGCGUUUUGUAUCUCGUGUCAAAGAGCAAAUGAGCAGCUUUUUGGAUGGUUUUGGUUCCAUAUGUCCGUUAGCAUUGCUUAAAAUUUUCGACGAAAACGAAUUGGAAUUGUUGAUGUGCGGCAUACAAAAUAUUGACGUUAAAGACUGGAAGAAAAACUCUUUAUACAAAGGUGACUAUUACGCCAAUCACAUUGUUAUUCAAUGGUUCUGGAGAGCAGUAUUAUCAUUCUCAAAUGAAAUGCGGGCACGUUUACUACAAUUUGUUACGGGAACAUCACGAGUUCCAAUGAAUGGUUUUAAAGAAUUAUACGGUUCAAAUGGGCCACAAAUGUUUACAAUUGAAAAAUGGGGCACACUUGAGUCUUAUCCACGAGCACACACGUGUUUCAAUCGUUUGGAUUUGCCGCCAUAUGAGAAUUAUUCACAGUUAAAAGAUAAGCUAGUGCAAGCGAUUGAAGGUAGUCAAGGAUUUGCGGGCGUUGAUUAGAUCAUCAAUAAUAAUCUAAUUUAAAUCAUGUACAAUAUAAUAACCGGCUUAAAAGAACAACGAUCAUUCAUUGAUUGAGAAUGAAUAAAAGAAACUUCUGAUACACAUUUAUUAUUUUCUCUUAAAUUUCUAUUCGUUUAUGCUCCGCAAUAUCGAAUCAGUACACAUCACAGACGAUAAAUGUAUACAUCACAGCCGAUAAACGCAAUACAUUAAUGAAAUUAACAAGUAGACUACUUCAAAUGUUCUGAUUCAAAAUAUAAUCGUAUAAUUUGUUUUCUGUAAA